ACCAGCCCAUUUAAAAUCCCCUGUUUGCGGUUAAAAAUAUUUGGUGGCAGCACAAUCGAAUAUCCUGUCUCCGGUAGCAAGAUGGCGUUCGGUGACUACCCGGCCGAAUAUAAUCCAAAGGUUCACGGGCCCUACGACCCUGCCCGUUAUUAUGGCAAAAUCGACACCCCUUUCACUCAAGUGAAGGUCGGUGAGAUUGGAGGUUGGCUAGCCCGCAGGAAUAAGUCUCCAAAUGCCAUCGCUGGAGCUUUCAGCCGAGCUUUCUGGCGCUGGCAACAUAAGUACGUGCAGCCAAAGAGGACCGGAAUUGCUCCUUUCUUCCAGGUCACCUUCGCUGGAAUGCUUUUCUUCUACGUGAUGAACUACGGAAAACUGAAGCACCACCGCAACUACAAGUACCACUGGUGAACUACCUGCAUUGAAUAUGUCGCCGGAUUCCUUCAUCUGAAGAAAAUCCACAAGUAGAUUUCCAUUAUGUACAGAAGCUCGAAUUGAGGUGAAAAAUAAAGAUUUGUUAUUAGAGGAAAA